CCACAUUUCUGACUGUUUCACAGCAUUUCCAGUUCUCACGGGAGCUCAUGCAUUUCACUGCACUGCUGCUCUCCAGUUUUAUUAAAAUCUCUCUUCAGUUCCUGCUUUAAGCCUCUGGGCCCUGCCCUUUCCCUGUUAGGGACAGUCCUCAUUCUGUGCAGAGCGAGCACUGGGGUUUCCCUGGAGCAGCAGGUUUAGGACCCUGUCUUGCUGAUGACCUGGGUGAGGAGGCAGCCCCAACGCUGGGCUUGGCCCUCUGCUUCCUGGGCUGUGACACAGACUUGGGACCCCCGGGGGUUGCUGCCACCUCUGCUUCACUGAGUUGUUUGUAGUCAGGAGCCAAUGAUGGUGCCCGUGGCCGGUCACAGGCUAGGACAUCUUGUUUACUCUGAAUGAGACCCAGUCUUGGAGAGGGAGAGGGCUCUGAUGAUGCUACUUCCCAUGGGACCCUGGACAAAGAGGCCACUCCUGCAUAGUAACAGUUGGGUCUGUUAGCUCUGGUUUUUUCAACAAAAUGCUACUCUGUCUGUUGUGUAUUUGGCUGUGAAAGCCAUCUCGUUCAGUGACACUGACAUUUUCACAUUUCCUUGGAACAUUAGUGCAUCUCCCAUCCUCUCUAAUUUUCUCCAGAGAAUGCCUGUGGCCCCUCCCCCACCGUCGUGUUUCCAUCUGGUUUGCGUCUGCCAUCUUUCUCAAUCAUGCCCUCCCCCCUUUCCGAUAAGGCAUGCUGCCCUCGUGGCGGACACUGCACUCUGUCUGGACACCAUCUCUGUGGCCAGCUGUUCACUUCCCAAGCCGAUGACCUCACGGGUCAGAGGACUCCUGGGGUUCUAGAAGACAGUCUCCUUGGUCUCCAAGCGGCUGCUUUAGGCCAGUCGAUGGUGGGGCUUGCUGGUGCACUUAGGCUCCGACACAGCUAGAGAAUCGCUAGGUGCCCAGAUGCCAGGACUUGUUAUUCAGGGUGCUUGGUGGGUUCAGGGGACCAGGAGUUAUUUCCCCAGUGCCCCUCACCCUUCUCCCUUCUGGUUGGGGGCUGAAGUGGCCAAGCUGGGAUUGCAGGACAUGCGUUCUUCCCUGGGGAGGGGGUCUCUGCCUCUGCCUCGGCCUCUGAGAUCAGAAGGGCCCUGCCCUCAGAAGCCCUGGGGACUCGGAUUUCACUUUGCCCCGCAGGUGUGCUUCUGGGCAGGCGGCACUCCUGCACUUCCUGUUGUUUGCUGGGAGGUGGGAUGAGCGUUACAACCUACGCACAGGUGCACCUGCAGACACAGCAGGAGGUGAAGAUGCGGAUGACGGGCAUGGCGCUGCAGGUGGUGCGCUCCGACGGCGUUCUGGCGCUCUACAACGGCCUGAGCGCCUCCCUGUGUAGACAGAUGACCUACUCCCUGACUCGGUUCGCCAUCUAUGAGACCGUGCGGGACCAUGUGACCGCAGGCAGCCAGGGGCCCCCACCCUUCUAUAAGAAGGUGUUGCUGGGCUCCAUCAGUGGUUGCAUCGGAGGCUUUGUGGGGACUCCUGCGGAUAUGGUCAACGUCAGGAUGCAGAAUGACAUGAAGCUGCCCAAGAACCAGCGCCGAAACUACGCCCAUGCCCUGGACGGCCUGUACCGCGUGGCCCGUGAAGAGGGUCUGAAGAAGCUGUUCUCAGGUGCGACCAUGGCCUCCAGUCGAGGGGUGUUUGUCACCGUGGGCCAGCUGUCCUGCUAUGACCAAGCUAAGCAGCUGGUUCUCAGCACGGGGUACUUGUCUGACGGCAUCGUCACGCACUUUGUCGCCAGCUUCAUCGCAGGUGGAUGUGCCACGUUCCUGUGCCAGCCCCUGGAUGUGCUGAAGACCCGCCUGAUGAAUUCCAAGGGCGAGUAUCGAGGUGUUUUCCACUGCGCCGUGGAGACAGCGAAGCUCGGCCCGCUGGCCUUUUACAAGGGCCUCCUGCCUGCCGCCAUCCGCCUCAUGCCCCACACUGUGCUCACAUUCGUGUUUCUGGAACAGCUUCGAAAACACUUUGGCAUCAAAGUACCAUCCUGACGGGGCCAUGGGAGCGGGUUGGGCCACGCCUGGCCCCAGCGCCAGGUUCUUCUGGAGUCUGGGAGGGUCUUGGGGCUGAAGGCUGCCCGGAGCCCACCUCCGGCCCCCACCCGCCUCUGGCCCAGGACCUCCCCGGCCAGCUCCUGCCCUCACCCAGCCUGCCCGGGCCAGAGCUCAUUCCACUGACCUUCGUCCCUCCAGCCCCCACCUGCCCGCCCCACGCUCUGCCCACCUGGUAUCCCAGCUGCCCCCCCUUGUGCUCUGAUGACUCACUCGGGGGCCAGGCUGUCUAGGCUUUCUGGGGUCUGGGGUCCCCUGCCCCUUCUCCUCUGGCCCUGGAGGUUUCUUCCCUUCAUGUGCAGCUGCCCAGGGCCCACAGCACCGUCUUCCAGCAGCUUCCAUCAGGGACCUGGAUGGCAGAGUUGGGGGUCGCCCACCAAGUUGUGUGCACGUGCACUUUUAUCCAAGGAGAGGGACCAUAGCGUUCAUGAUGUUCUCAGAAGUAGCUGUGCCCCCCACACCUCCUGGGCCAGUGAACAAAUGACACAGGAGCAGAAUGAGUGCCCAGGAGCAAGGGUCAGAGUGUGUGACCUGUGGGCGCCCCUGGUGGCAGGCCUAGUCCCCACCCCCCCACCCCCUGCCCCAUGCCUCCCACGUCCAGCCAACCCCCAGUUGCUUUAACAAUUAGUUUCACCAAAACCUUUCAGCACCAAGAGGCUGCUGCUGUCUUCAGGGAGUGUGCAGUGUCCCUCACGCCGUCCACGCCCUCCCCUCCUGCUCCUCAGAGGUGGGCUGUGGUGUGUCCUUGGGGGCUUCUCUGUGUAGACGGCGGUCACCUGCAAGGCCCCCAGCAGCUGAUCAGCCAAAACAACUGGAUUCCGCUGUGAAAGCAGCCUGCCCCCCCACAAACCAGGCUGGGGGCUGCGUCCGCCUGCCUCCCCGGGUCCCCUGGGCACUGUGCCCCCGCCCCAGCAAAGGGCUGCAGGCCCACAUUGCUCUGCAGGGAUGCUAAUAAAGGACGGUGAACUGCUC